UGUUGAUUGAGAUUCACAUGCAUGUCUCACUGUUGAUAAAUCUGCUGCGCUAAUGUAAAGGAAACGUGGCUGUCCUCUCUUGAUAUUUAGAGAGCCUGGAAGACGCUAGACCGUCGAUAUUGCACCAACGUUUUAAGCUUUUGAUAACAUCUCAAGCUUUAUGAGUGGAGGCAGCACCAGGGCGGGCAUGCAUGCAGAGUACCUCCCUAUUCCUACCCACGAACGACCUACCUUGACAAGAUGCUAUGUUGAGAAAAGAUAUAUGGAAAUUGCCGUCGACCCCAAACAACAGCAAAGAACACAGGCACUUCAAAUUCGGACAGCUGCCGAUUCCAGCCCCGAUCUCGCAGUCUUCUGCCGCCGGUCUUCUACCCGACGUGACGUGCUCAUGUUCAAGUGUAACCUUAUGAAUGAUCAAAUUUGUGUGAGUGAUUUCGAUCUGCGGAGUCAUCGACGAUUGAACCAACUUCUAGACCAGAACUAGGUGAACAAAAAAAAACCCGCCCUUGCCUGCAUGCAUCUCCAACAGCAAGGCACCCUAUGAACCUAGUAGAGAAAUCCGUCAACCGAAAACUCCGUACCAAUGAGCGGCCCUCCGGAUCCUGACUCGGGAUAUAUAUCUGUGCGGGCGCGGGGUCGAGAGUGGAAUGAUGGGUGCUCCAUGAUUGCUUCACGGCAACAAGGCAAGCCAUUAACAAACCCACUCCGGCUGCACAGCUACUCCUCCGUGACGCGAGCCAAGAUGUCAUCGUGAGGAGUUCCUAAAAUCGGACACUGCUAUUCCGAUGGGGCCGCCGGCAUUUGAUCAUGGCCUGGCUGGUCCGAAUGUGUUUAUAAGUGAUCAUCAGCAUAUAUAGCGUUAUGAUUUUCGCUUACCUUUUUAUGUAUGCAGUGUUCACUGCUGGCAUCCGCACAGGAACCGGGAUCACAUACCGCUGCUGUCAAGGGUCAAGCACGCUCGUUGCACAAAGGAAAAAAAAGGGGACCGGUCUAAAACCAUUCCUUCUUUGCUCGCAGACCUGGGCAGCUAGCCACAUCUUUUGCCGCUGUACCUCGGCCGACGCACGUGCAACGACAGCCAACCACCCCUAAACAAUGAAGCACCUUGGCGUCCUCAGCAUCCUGCUGCUCCUCUCAGCGGCGGCCGAAAAGCCGUCCGAGGUGCCGUACUACGGCCGCAGCCCGCCAGUGUAUCCGUCGCCAGUCGGCAACGGCACCACCAGCCGCGAAUGGACCAACGCCUACCGCCGGGCCGCCGCGCUGGUCAGGCUCAUGACGGUGGAGGAAAAGGCCAAUGUGACGCGCGGGUACGCAGGCCCCUGCGUGGGCAACACGGGCGCCGUGCCGCGGCUCAACGUGCCGGCCAUCUGCAUGGCGGACGGUCCGGCGGGGAUAAGGGGUCAGGAGUACGUGUCGGCGUUUCCGGCAGGCAUCCACCUCGCCGCGACGUUUGACGCGGAUCUCAUGUACGAGUAUGGUGCCGCGCUGGGGAGGGAGUAUUCGUCCCGUGGCAUCAACGUCGGUCUGGGUCCGGUGGCCGGCCCGCUUGGUAGAGUGGCCAGAGCGGGGAGGAACUGGGAGGGUCUGAGCAACGAUCCGUAUCUUGCCGGCGUUGGCAUGGGCGCCGUGACCAGGGGUAUGCAGGACUCUGGUGUCAUCUCGACGCCGAAGCACUGGCUUCUCAACGAGCAGGAGUUUAGGCGGCGACAGUCGGACCUUGGAGAGGCCAUCAGCUCGAAUGUGGAUGACAGGACCCUCCACGAGCUUUACGUCUGGCCCUUUAUGGACAGCCUGCGCGAAGGUGCGGGCUCCGUCAUGUGCUCGUACCAGCGCGCAAACCACUCGUACGGCUGCCAAAACUCCAAACUGAUGAACGGCAUCCUCAAGAUGGAGCUCGGGUUCGAGGGCUUCGUGGUCUCGGACUGGGAGGCGCAAAACUCGGGGGUCGCGUCGGCCAACGCCGGGCUCGACGUCGUCAUGCCGCGCGCCGGACUCUGGGGCGACAAGCUGGUCGAGGCGGUCAACAACGGCAGCGUCAGCCACGAGCGCCUCGACGACAUGGCCACGCGGCUGCUGGCGAGCGUGCACCUCCUCGACCAGGAGUUCAGCUACCCGUCGCCGGGCGUCUACAACAACCUGCAGCAGCACUUCCCCCGCAACGUCCAGCGCGACCACGCCCGCCUGAUCCGCCGCAUCGGCGCCGCCGGCACGGUCCUGGUCAAGAACGUCAACAAGACGCUGCCCCUCAAGGGCGGGCCAGACUUCCUCGCCGUGUACGGCUACGACGCCACCGUCAACGCCGUGCCGUGGAAGAACCGCGACCGCUACGGCGGCGGUUACGAGGUCAACUGGGGCUGGGAGACCUUCAACGGCACGCUCAUCACCGGCGGGGGGUCCGGCGGCAACACGCCCCCCUACGUCGUCUCGCCGUUCCAGGCGCUGCAGGAGCGCGCCUCUCGUGAGGGCGGCAUCCUGCGCUGGGACUUUUGGUCCGAGGACCCCGAGACGCCCUACGUCAACGCCGACGCGUGCCUGGUCUUCAUCAACGCCUACGCCUCGGAGUCGUUUGACCGGCUCAGCCUGACCGACGCCCAUAGCGACAGGCUGGUGCACAACGUCGCCGGCAUGUGCGGCAACACCAUCGUCGUGGUGCACUCGGCCGGCAUCCGCACCGUCGACGCCUGGCACGACCACCCCAACGUGACUGCCAUCAUCUUCGCCGGCCUCCCCGGCCAGGAGAGCGGGCAUGCCAUCGUCGACGUGCUGUACGGCGACGUGAACCCGACCGGCCGGCUGCCCUACACGAUUGCGCGCAGGGAGGAGGACUACGGCAAGCUGCUCAACUCGUCGACGUCGUUCGACUUCUUCGCCGAGGACAACUUCGACGAGGGCCUGUACAUCGACUACCGCGCCUUCGACAAGGAAAACAUCCAGCCGCUGUACGAGUUCGGCUUCGGGCUGUCCUACACCACCUUUUCGUACCAGGCUCUCUCCGCGACCGUGCUGCCCGCCGAGUCCCUGGCCUCGUCGUCCAAGCUGGCCGAGUACCCGGACCCGGCCGUGCGGAUCAUCCAAGGCGGCCACCCGGACCUGUGGGAAAAGGUCGCGCUCGUGAGGGCGCGCAUCGGCAACACGGGCCCCGUCGCCGGCACCGAGGUGGUGCAGCUGUACCUGGGCGUGCCGGGCGACGAUUCGCCCGUGCGACAGCUGCGAGGGUUCGCGCACGUCGGGCCGCUCGCGCCGGGAGAGGAGCGCAGUGUCGUGCUCGAGCUGACGAGGAGGGACCUGAGCGUCUGGGACGUCGUGGCGCAGCAGUGGCGGAUGAGGAGGGGAGAGUACAAGGUGUUUGUUGGGGCCAGCAGUCGAGACAUUAAGCUUAAUGGGGCCUUUACUAUUUGAAGGUUUUCGAAACAAGAACGAAAAAAAAAACUUGGUUAGGUUAAGUCAGGAAAAGUUAAUGUCGUCAAUGUAAUUGCCUCGUGAGAUUGAAUUCAUGCCGUAAAAGCGUUGCUUUCCAGUAAAUAAACAACUCUUGGUUCUACAGAUAAAUCUUUCGAUCAGGCACCUUUGUUUGAUUUGGU